AUGCCUCGAAACCGAGCUUUCUCGGAGCCCGAGUAUUCUGCCGAAUAUUCCGCAGACUGUUCAGUGACUCUGCCCUCUGACCCAGGGCAGGCUGUCGGGCGGACGCACGAGGUCACGGUGAGGAGCUCAGGAUGCUGCCUUUGCCUUCCCCGUUUCAUGCGCCUCACCUUUGCGCCAGAGUCUCUGGAGAACCUCUACCAGACCUACUUCAGGCGUCAAAGGCACGAAACCUUACUGGUACUGGUUGUGUUUGCGGCUCUUUUCGACAGCUACGUUAUUGUCAUGUGUGCAGUGGUAUACACCGGUGACAAACUGGCAUCUGUCCUCGUGGCAUCUGUUGGGCUGCUGGCAGAAAUCAUCCUCUACCUACUGUGUCGCUAUGGGGUUCUGCCAGAUCGCAUCUCAAGGCGGGUUGUACCCUACGCCCUGUGGGUGCUCAUAGCGGCACAAAUAUUUUGCUACUUGGGUUUGAACUUCGCCCACUUUCACCAGGCCAGCGACACAGUGGGCUGGCAGGCUUUCUUCAGCUUUUCCUUUUUCCUGACUCUACCUUUGAGGUUAACACCCAUUGUACUUAUAACGGCAGUCACGUGUGGUGUUCAUACCCUAGUUCUGGGUGUCACUAUCGCCCAGCAGCAACAGGAGGACAUCCAGGGGGCAGCACUUGGCAGACAGCUCCUGGCCAACAUUGUGAUCUAUGUUUGCGCUAUCACCGUGGGUGUUAUGUCGUAUUACAUGGCAGACCGGAAGCACAGAAAGGCCUUUCUUGAGGCAAGACAAUCUCUGGAAGUCAAACUCAACCUGGAGGAGCAAAGCCAGCAACAGGAACGCCUACUGCUGUCCAUCCUUCCAAAACAUAUAGCUGAUGAGAUGCUGCAGGACAUGAAGAAGGAGCCCAGUCAGAAAGAGAUGCAACAGUUUAACACCAUGUACAUGUACAGACAUGAAAAUGUCAGUAUUUUGUUUGCAGACAUAGUGGGCUUUACCCAGCUGUCAUCAUCAUGCAGUGCUCAGGAGCUGGUCAAACUGCUCAAUGAACUCUUUGCUCGGUUUGACAAACUUGCCGCAAAAUAUCACCAAUUGCGGAUCAAGAUCCUAGGAGACUGUUACUACUGUAUCUGUGGGCUCCCGGACUACAGGGAGGACCAUGCCGCCUGUUCCAUCAUGAUGGGCCUCGCCAUGGUAGAAGCCAUCUCGUAUGUGCGUGAAAAAACCCAAACAGAUGUCGAUAUGCGUGUUGGAGUGCAUAGCGGUACAGUCUUGGGUGGCGUGCUCGGUCAGAAACGUUGGCAAUAUGACGUGUGGUCCACUGAUGUCACUGUUGCCAACAAGAUGGAAGCUGGAGGGAUACCUGGUCGUGUCCACAUUUCUCAGACGACCAUGGAGUGUCUUCAUGGGGAGUUCGAAGUGGAGCCAGGGAAUGGAGGUGAGCGCUGUGACUACCUGAGGGAGAGAGGACUCGAGACCUACCUUGUCGUUGUUUCUAAAGGACCUGUGGGGAAAAAUGGCAUUAACAGUGUAAAACUAUCUGUAACUUCAUCCAAUGGAAACUCCCCUCUGCUGAUCAACACCACAGAUUGUAACGGUAGCAUGAAUACAGCAUGUAUCACACCAGAUGAACCUGAAGAACUUGACACAAGGGUGGUAAACCCUUCUUUCCCAAAUCCUCGCCGGCGGCUGCGGCUACGGGACCUUGCUGAAAGAGUGAUUGAUGCACAGGAGAAUGAACAGGAACUCAACAAAUUGCUGAAUGAGGCUCUGUUGGAGCGAGAGACGGUCCAAGCUUUAAAGGGGAAGCACACAAACCGUCUCUCCCUGAGGUUUGUUGACCCAGACUUGGAGACUCGUUACUCUGUGGAGAAAGAGAAGCAGAGUGGAGCUGCCUUCUGUUGCUCCUGUGUCGUGCUGCUCUUCACUGCUGCCAUGGAGGCCCUCAUAGAUCCCAGGUUGAUUGCAAACUACAUCACAUUUGCAGUGGGAGAAGUUUUACUCCUCAUCCUGACCAUCUGUUCGUUAGCCGCUAUCUUCCCUAGGGUUUUUCCUAAGAAACUUGUCAGUUUCUCCACUUGGAUUGACCACACUCGCUGGGCUCGUAACACCUGGGCCAUGGCAGCCAUCUUCAUACUUACCAUGGCUGACAUCGUUGAUAUGCUGAGCUGUCUGCCUCAAGGUCUUGACAUGGCAUCAUCUUCCUCCACCUGGUCUAGCCCUGAAGGUUGUCUGAACAACCCAAAAUAUUAUAGCUACAUUGCUGUUCUGGCACUUAUGGCCACCACCAUGCUGGUUCAAGUUAGUCACAUGGUCAAGCUCACACUGAUGCUGCUUAUCACAGUGGCAACUGGUGUUGUUAACAUAUACAGUUGGAGGGACAUCUAUGAUCGCUAUGAUAUGGCCCGCUUUCAAGAUUACAGGUCAAAUCUAGUGCCCUCUAAGUUGACAAUGACAGUUAUGAUCUUCAUAAUGAUGGUCAGCUUUUAUUAUUUCUCCCGACAUGUGGAGAAACUUGCUCGUACCCUAUUCCUGUGGAAGCUUGAGGUUCAUGAGCAGAAGGAGAAGGUAUAUGAGAUGAGGCGAUGGAAUGAAGCAUUGGUGACCAACAUGCUGCCCGAACAUGUUGCUCGACACUUUCUAGGCUCCAAGAAAAGAGAUGAGGAGUUGUACAGCCAGUCAUACGAUGAGAUUGGAGUCAUGUUUGCAUCCAUCCCAAACUUCUCUGACUUCUACACAGAGGAGAGCAUCAAUAAUGGAGGCAUCGAAUGCUUACGCUUCCUGAACGAGAUCAUCUCAGACUUUGACAGUUUGCUAGAUGAGCCUCAAUUUCGCUGCAUCACGAAAAUCAAGACCAUUGGAAGCACCUACAUGGCAGCAUCAGGUGUUACUCCUGAUGUUAACAAUGGGUACAACUGCAUGAAGAAGGAGGAGCAGUCGGACAAAGAGCGCUGGCAGCACCUAGCAGACUUGGCGGACUUUGCGCUAGCCAUGAAGGUUACGCUAAUGAACAUAAACUACCAGUCAUUUAAUAACUUCAUGCUGCGAAUCGGUCUGAAUAAAGGAGGAGUUUUAGCAGGAGUGAUUGGUGCACGCAAACCUCACUAUGACAUCUGGGGAAACACAGUGAAUGUUGCCAGUCGUAUGGAGUCUACAGGGGUGAUGGGAAACAUUCAGGUGGUGGAGGAUUGCUAUAAAAUUCUCAAAGAGUACGGCUUCCGCUUUGUGAGGAGGGGGCCUAUCUUUGUCAAAGGAAAAGGGGAGCUCCUCACGUAUUUUCUGAAGGGUAGGGACAAACAAGGUUCCUUUCUGAACGGAUCAUCUGUCACGCUUCCACAUCAAGUUGUGGAUAGUUGA